AAAGAUAAUUGUUAAAUGGGAACGUGAGGACCCACGCUAAGCAUUUGAGAACCAAUUUUGGGGUCAUUCAAAGAAUAACAUAAGCCUCACAUUGAGUCUUCUGGCUUAUAUAUCAGCUCAUCCACAUACUCAUUUUUCAAUGCCACUUGCAGAAUCUUAAUGUGUGCUUAAUAACAAGCAAUUACCAACAUCUUUGAUUGCAUUAAUAUCAUAUUACAAAGUUCUGAGCUGUGUCUAUUAACAGAAGGGUUAAAAUGCUUAACAUAGAAAAGAAACCAUUGAGCUCUGUCCCCUCCCAUGUUUGUGUUUUGUGGUGCAAAUGCUGUUGCCAUGACUCCUGCAGAGUCUGUUUGGUAUAUGCACUGACUUUAGCCAACUGUCAGCUGGGCCAUUUCAUAUACAAUUCUCAGGCAAUGCAGUACCUCCUCAGUUACUAAGUCAAAGGAAUCAGUGGAAACUUUCCCUUCUGAAAAUGGCUGCUGCCCUUUUAAACCGGACAGAGGAGCGGGCAGUGUGGGACAGUGCAAGAAAUGCUGCCAAGUUAAAUUUCCGACCGAAAGAUUAUGAAACGCUGGAGAUCUAUGAGAAGGAUUUUAGAAGGAAUAGCAGAACAAAAAGUAGAGCACCCGAGGAGAAAGCAUUUCAAGAAAGUUCUACUGGUGGGGGCAGGGAGGCUGAGCAGAAUCUUGAACAGGCAGAUUAUUUUAACAGCACUUUACCACCUUCUAAAUCCAUGCUACAAGAAAAUCUUCAGCACCAACGAGAGCAAAAUGACUUUGAGGAUGGUAUUGAAUAUCGUCCAUUACCAUCCCCAACACGCUCAUCUCUCCGCUCCCCAAACAAAGACCCAACUAUAAGGUCUAAAGAAGGUUACCGGGUUACAUUUGCAGACAAGAACUUUUCCGACCUCUCAUCUGAAAAUGACACACCAGACAAACCUCUGCAGAAUUCCAGUGACAUAAACUGCACCAGGAAGCCACAUUAUAGCAAUGCAGAUAAAAGUGGAGAAUCGGCUGUGCCCAGAGAUUGCAGGUCACAAAAUUUCAGAAACAACUGCCUCACCCCAACUCCUGUGAGAUCCAAAGCAACAGGCGAUAAUGAGAGGACAAAAUUCAGUCUUGUAGAUGGUGCUGACCGAUAUACAGGGGACCUGAAGAAUCUUACCAAACCAUCUUACGCAGAUGAGCCCAAGUUCAGCAGUGAGAGGUUGCUAAGGGCUAGUACAGACUUGUAUGUUUCCACACACCUAAAUGAUUCCCCUUUGGCUUCAAAUCAUCUGUCUGCUCUGAGAAAAGGAUUUACGGAUGUUCCAGGGAUCUACACUCUGCCCUCUAAACCAACACUGGGAUUGUCUCGCCAAUUCACUUCUAAAAUGGAAAGCCAAUCAGAAUACGGAGACCCAAAGAAAACCUGGCGUUCUGAUAAUGUUGCUGCUCAGAAAAUGGACAUACUGGCGAAUGGAAUGAAAAGAUCCAGCAGCCUGAACAGUUUGUUAACUCCUAAACCUGUCAGUUCAUAUGCAGUUAAAUAUUCUGACAGCUUGUUUAGUGGUGCUGAAUGCCAGGAGAAAGACAGGCCCUUCUCUUCUGAGAUGGAUUCCACUACAAAUUUCCUGCAGCAGUUAAUGGACCUGGUUGACCGUUACUGGAAUGGUUCAGGUUCCCUCCUUCAAAAUCAGAGGUUUUUGGUACCAGCAAGAGAAUUACUUUCCAGUUACCUUUUAACCAAUCACAAUAAAACAGCAAUGCCAAGGACUAGUUGUGGAGUGGACAAAGAAUAUGAUAGUACGGAUUUUUUAAAGGAAAAACUGAAAAAGGUUAUUGAGGAAAACCACAUCUUACAGUCCAAAAUCUCAAAACUGGAAAGCAAGGCAACUGCAAAUGGAGACAAAGGAAUUCUGUCUGCAUCUCAGGAUGAUUUGCAACAGAAAUAUGAGAAGCUGAGCCUCCAGGUGGAAUCUCUACAACAGCAGCUUAAACAGGCUCAUAAACUGCAUGAGACAGUUAAUCUCUUGCAUGACAGCCAAAGGUCUUUAGUGUGCACUAAUGAAUAUCUUCUGCAACAACUGAACAAAGCCUCACCAAGCUACGUGUUGAACACCCCUUUUUCUUCUAUCAAACCAAGAAUCACCUCAGAUAAAUAUCUUUCCUCUGAAAGUAGUGAUCAGUCUGCCUCUUCACCUGCACACAGUUCUGGGCAAUACAGAACCCCAGAGAGGCUAAGCAUGUGCCCACUCUAAAUAAAAUAAACCUGGUUUCUUUAACUCCAUUUGGACUGCAUAAAAUGUGGAGGCCAAAGACAUAGCACCAAAUCAUAUUGCUUUAUUAUGCAGUUAUUACAGAAUAUGAUAUACUUCACCUCCUGAUGUACAACAAGAAGCCUGACUAGCCUGUGGUUUUAUUUUCUAAUUCUGCUAAAAAGGGAACAUAUAGCCACCAUAUAAAAAUGUGAAAUUGCUCAGAGUGCUCUUCUGAUUACUUUUGCAAUUCGUGAGGCAAAAGCCUAAUUUAGUCUAACACCACACGUAGCAUAGGUAUCAUAUUAUCGGCAAGCUGAGAAUACGCUAUGUGUGGCAUUAGCCUUACUUACAGAGGAACCGUUUCCUGAUGCUCCUCUGCUCAGUUUUUGCUUAUAUAACAGAAAAGAGAAGUAUCAGGAGAUUUGUUUUCUGCAUCAGUAAAUUAAGCUUUUUUAACAGAAAAGGGUGUUCUUGUUACACGUUACAAAGUCAGCAGUUUAAAACUGGUUAAUAUCAUAAAAUCUAAAAAA